ACUAGCUUUUUCGUAAUAAUAGUAAAUGCUUAAGGUCUUAAAUGUAUUUUAACACAAAAGCCAAACCCACUUCCUAUUUCUUUUUCUAUAUCAUUAACUGAGCACCAGUCACUGAAUCCAACCCACAGCUGAAAAGGAAAUCUCUUCAGAAAAUCCACCACCCGCCGCCGCCGCCGCCGCAACCUCCACAAUAAUGGCCAACGCCGCCACCAUUCCCAAUCCCUCCUCCUCCUCCUCCUCCGCCACCAUAACUAACCGCCUCACCCAACCGACUAAUAACAACAUCGCCUUAUUCUCAAAGUUCACCCUUCCAUUUUCUCAAAUUUCCCGCAAAUCUGUUCAAUUUCACCGGCGUCAAUGCAACCGGAACUUUCCCAUUGUUUCCACCUUAAGCUACCCCAAACCAUCGCCUGUGGAACCUGUGAUUGAAUCCCAAACGCCGGCCUCCUUUGUUUCCAGAUUUGCCCCCGAUGAGCCACGGAAAGGAUGCGACGUGCUUGUGGAAGCCCUUGAAAGGGAAGGCGUGACGGAUGUGUUUGCCUACCCCGGCGGCGCGUCGAUGGAGAUUCACCAGGCUCUUACCCGUUCGAAAAUCAUUCGGAAUGUUCUUCCCCGCCAUGAGCAAGGCGGCGUUUUUGCUGCUGAAGGAUACGCCCGCGCUUCUGGGCUUCCCGGCGUCUGCAUAGCGACUUCCGGCCCCGGAGCGACUAACCUUGUGAGUGGCUUAGCUGAUGCCCUGCUUGACAGCGUGCCUAUUGUGGCUAUCACCGGACAAGUUCCUCGGAGAAUGAUAGGCACGGAUGCCUUCCAAGAAACGCCCAUUGUUGAGGUAACUCGGUCAAUUACAAAGCAUAAUUAUCUGGUAAUGAAUGUUGAGGACAUUCCUCGAAUUGUAAAAGAGGCCUUUUUCCUCGCUAGAACGGGCCGACCUGGCCCGGUUUUGAUUGAUGUGCCUAAAGACAUACAGCAGCAAAUGGUGAUUCCGGAUUGGGACCAACCUAUGAGGUUGGCUGGGUAUAUGUCUAGGUUGCCUAGGACUCCUAACGAGAUGCAUUUGGAGCAAAUUUUGCGGCUCAUUGGGGAGUCCAAAAAGCCUGUAUUGUAUGUUGGUGGAGGUUGCUUGAAUUCGAGUGAGGAGCUUAGACGAUUUGUUGAGCUUACUGGUAUCCCAGUUGCGAGUACUUUGAUGGGGUUGGGAUCUUUUCCUUGUUCGGAUGAGGAAUACUCGUUGCAGAUGCUGGGAAUGCAUGGAACUGUUUAUGCGAACUAUUCUGUGGAUAAGAGUGAUCUUUUGCUUGCAUUCGGGGUGCGUUUUGAUGACCGGGUGACUGGUAAAUUAGAGGCUUUUGCCAGUCGAGCUAAGAUUGUUCACAUUGAUAUUGAUUCAGCCGAGAUUGGAAAAAACAAGCAGCCACAUGUGUCUAUUUGUGCGGAUGUCAAGCUAGCUUUGCAGGGGCUGAACUCCAUGUUGGAGGCAAGGAGAAACAAAGUCAAGUUGGACUUUUCAGCUUGGAGAGAAGAGUUGAACGAACAGAAAGCUAAGUAUCCAUUAAGUUUUAAGACUUUUGAUGAAGCUAUUCCGCCACAGUAUGCAAUUCAGGUUCUAGAUGAGUUGACCAAUGGCAAUGCGAUUAUUAGUACUGGUGUUGGACAACACCAGAUGUGGGCUGCACAGUUUUACAAGUAUAAUAGACCCCGGCAAUGGCUGACCUCUGGGGGAUUAGGAGCUAUGGGUUUUGGAUUGCCCGCUGCUAUUGGUGCUGCUGUUGCAAGACCCGAUGCAGUAGUUGUGGAUAUUGAUGGAGAUGGGAGUUUCAUCAUGAAUGUGCAGGAGUUGGCCACCAUCCGGGUGGAAAAUCUGCCAAUCAAGAUUAUGCUAUUGAAUAAUCAGCAUCUUGGUAUGGUUGUUCAGUGGGAAGAUAGGUUUUAUAAGGCUAACCGAGCCCAUACAUAUCUUGGAAAUCCUUCCAAAGCAUCGGAGAUUUUCCCCGAUAUGCUGAAAUUUGCAGAGGCUUGUGAUAUUCCUGCUGCCCGUGUAACUAAGAAAGAAGAUCUCAAGGCUGCAAUUCAGAAGAUGCUGGACACACCUGGCCCAUACUUAUUGGAUGUAAUUGUGCCUCAUCAAGAGCAUGUGUUACCUAUGAUUCCAAGCGGUGGAGCUUUCAAGGAUGUCAUUACUGAAGGUGAUGGCAGGAUAACAUAUUGAUUGAUCUUGCCUUUUGUUGUCUUAAAAGCAUGGAGGAAUCUAAUGAUCAGGUGUAGGUUUAGGGAAGAAGUUUUGCAGCUUUUGAGUCUUUAAAAUAGAACGGUGUGGUUAUAUUUAUGCUUUACUUCUUGUACCUUUGCCCUUCUACUGUUAGCUUCUAGGGAAUUCAGUUGCACUGGUGAAUCCCUAAAUGUGUUGUAACAUAUUUCAUGUUGAAUGAGUAUUGUUGUUGAUUUGCAAGAUAUUCAAUUUCAGCAUCUUGCAAACGUGAUAAAUGUCGGGGUUAUAUUCUCAAAUACCUACUUGUUAAAAUGAGAUGUUCUUGUGUUUUGGAUCAAAUGAAUACAAUGUUAAGUCUUCAGAUGUUACAUUGAGA